UCGACACUUGUCUCUUCUACCUACUAAGCCGCACACUUACCAACCAUACAGCAACAUGUCCAGCAACAGCAUCCAGCAGCUUCUCUUUCCCCGUUCCGGUUCGUUGACCACUCUGGUCUUUCUGGUGGUGAUGGCCGUGUUGGCCGUUUACGCCACUAGCGUACAGGCCGACGGCGAUGUCAUGGGCGGCGGUGAAGGCGGCGAAAUGACGGCCAUGGCGGACGCCAUCAAAUAUCUUCAGGGAUUGGACAAAGUCUACGGCCAGGCAGCUCGACCCAGUAUCAGGGGCGGUAAGAUUGUCCAGUUACUUCAGCUGAAACAACUCGACCGACGCUACGACAACUCACUCGUCCGUCCCAGAUUUGGCAAACGAGGACGCCUACCCUACUUCGAUCUGGAGUACUUGCCCGUCCAUCCUCAGCACGCCUAUUAGGACACGGGCAGGCGUUGAUCCACUUGAAUAGCCGGGACGACUUCCAUUCCAUUUUUCCCGGCUACAGGACAAGGCGGUAUUUCGCUGACAAGUAUGAGCAGAAGAAAGGAAUCAAACCUGGAAAUACAAAAAAAGAAAGAAAUUGACAUUGGAAGAUUUGAUUUGUGGUUGGGUCUAUUUCCUCUGUCUGUUUGUCCCUUUUCUCCUUAAUAUAUCAUAUGAUAAUUCUAAAAUUGAUUGAAAUUCUCAAAAUACUUACGUGCUGUCGUCUAUAUUUUGGGGCAAUUCUGUGGAUGUCUCGACGUUGGUUACUUCACACAACGGCUUCGUAUAUUCCUAUUUCGUCUUAUUUCUGUAAAAUGAGUCUAAAGUAGAUAUGUAUCAACAUACCCUGCAUACAGUGUGCAGACAUAUACGCCUCGUUCCAGCA